AACUCAUUUUAAUAGUGCUUUUUCAUACCCAUGACAGUAUAAUUUUCCAUUUUUAUGAUGAAUCAGCUAUUUAUUGUGGACAGAUUAUACAGUUAUGUGCCCUGUGUUAUACUAAACAAAUUGCUUCUAAAUUGAGCAUUUAGAUAAAGUUGUGUAAAUUCCAAAAAAUUGCAUUAAAAUUAGUAGAACUGUACAUAUUUAUUUAAAAACAAAGAUAUGAAAUACAAGCCGAGAUAAGCAUACUCCACUUUGUUACAGUGUUUCUGGCUGUUUCAUGUGGUUUGUUUAUCUGGUUUUGCAGCCAGACAGCAAGAAUAGACCUCUUUAUGGGGAUAUCCCUAUUGUAUCAUCUGUGGGAAAGUCCUGUUUUCUUAACCUCAAGCUGCAGUGAUCCUACAGAACACCCCAUUACACAAAUGGGGGGGGGGGGGACUUGGUGAGAUUUAUUCAUAUACUGCAGGAGGUAAGAACCCCUGCUCGUGUUGUAAUAGUCUGUAAAUGAGAAGAUCCCAUAUUCUGCCUGGAGCAGGGGGAGAGGCCCAACUGCUAAUGUCCCCCCUCAGUGGUACACAUGGAACAUGCCUGGCCAGAGGGAUGACCUGUCAGUCUGGGAGGGUGUAAUCUGGACGAAAGAGAAAGCAUGCAGUGAGGGGUUUGUGUGAGAGAUGUCACAGGAGGGAUAGGAGUAUAUAGAUAGUGUGACAGGGAUGAGAGAGGGAUUGUGAGGAGUGACAGCAAGGAAAUAGUGAAGUUAUGUUGUGACUGAGAAAAACAGAUCAUGGGGGAACAAUGAUCUAAGAGAAGGAGAACCAUGAAUGGGCAGUGCUAAAAUGCAUCAUGGGGUUAAGAGCUAUAAAGAGAUGGACAUGGGUGAGAAGACGUCUGGCUGCUGGAUAGAUGAGUUAAUACCACAGGGAGAGGCCGGAAGCCAGUGACCAAUGGGAUCUCCUGGGGAGAGUGGGCACACAACAGCUGCCCGGGAAGAGAUGGAAGAAGGGACCCAGAAUGCCAGUGAUCCUAGUAUGGAGGGAGAGUCUGGUGCCAGCAGCAGGCCGCGUCGCCUAUUCUGGAGACUGCGCCAACGAUGGAAGCUCCUAGGUCUCUUUGAGAUUGACAAGGAACAUGAGUUUUACCCCCUUACUCUAGAUCUGAAGGAGGGCCUGAGAGAGGCCGUUCAGGAUGCCAUCCGCAGCGAUGCCAAGGCCUCGCUCACAGAUGAUGAUUACAGAGCGAAACUGACACAAGCUCACGAGGGAUUCGUGAUGAGGACCUACGCGGGCCCUGUUUUCUCUCAAUUUCGCCAUUCUCUGGGGUUGUCUGAGGAGAGUUACCAGCGUUCGUUGGCAUCUUGCAGCUGCUAUCUACAGUUCAUUAGCAAUUCCAAGAGCAAAGCGGACUUCUUCCUCACGAACGACAAGCGUUUUUUUCUCAAGACACAGAGUAAGAGAGAAGCGCACUUCAUGCUGGAAAUUCUACAGAAAUAUAUGCAGCACUUUCAGGCGUAUCCGCACUCCCUGCUCGUUAAGAUCCUUGGUGUUUACAGCAUCACUCGGGCACAGGAGAAAAAGAAAUAUUUUAUCAUUAUGCAAAGUGUGUUCUUCCCGGAUGAGAGAAUCAUAGGACGGUAUGAUAUUAAAGGGUGCACGGUUAGCCGCUGGACCGAGCCAGAACCAGAGGGGAGCAGGCUGCUGCAAGUUUUUAAGGACCAGAAUUUUGAAGGCAACGUCGUAUGCGUAGAUCAGCAGCGUUCCUGGUUGAUGCGACAGGCGGAACUAGAUACUCAUUUCCUGCAGGGGUUGAAUGUGUUGGAUUACAGUCUUCUGGUGGGCUUCCAGCCACUGCAUGCCGAUGAGAAGAAUCAGAGCUGGUCCCUCGCCAACCUCAUUGUUCGCACUAAAAGGUCAGUAAACGGGACGGGCAGUCCAACCACCUCUAACUGUGCUUCCGUUCCUGGAACCGUAGACGAGGAACAGGAGUCUGUGGAGGAAGAUGAAUUUAGUAGAACCUCAGACCUGGGCGCAGGAGGUCGUAUACUGAUGAGGAAGAUUGGCGCUCAGGUCAGCAUCACCUCUGAUGUGUCCGAUGUUGUAGCACAAAACCGUCGUUUGCUUCCCAACUACAAGAACCCUCUACAUGUGAUGGAUGGGCCAGAAUUGAGAUAUUUUAUUGGCAUCAUUGACAUCUUCACAGUCUACAGCCUGAAGAAACGGUUGGAACAUUUCUGGAAGAGCAUACGCUUUCGCGGUCAAGAAUUUUCCACUGUUAGUCCCACUCGGUACUCCCAAAGAUUGUGUCGCUGGGUGGAAACACAUACGGUGUGACCAUACAUUACUGAUAGGUUAAGCCAAAAAAAAAACAACUUUUUGUCGAGCUUCCAAAUAUUUAUUCUCCGAAAGAAUUUUGUUUUGUAUACUUGAAAACUGGAUUUUAACGUCUUCCAUUGGCUGCUACAUAAACAAGGUUGAUAGUUACGAUAUAUGGUUUACACAUAAAGUACGCUCAUAGAAAACCAAAAAAAUACUAUUAUGAGGUUUUUAUGGUUAAACCUGUUGUAAAAAGCUUAAAGGGACAUAAAACCCAAAACUUUUCUUUCAUGAUUUUGGUAGAACAUACAAUUUUGAACAACUUUCCAGUUCACUUCUAUUAUUAAAUUAGUUUCAAUCUCUUGGUAUCAUUUGUUGAAGGAGCAGCAAUACACUACUGGUUUCUAACUGAACACAUGGGUGAGCCAAUGACAGUCAGUAUAUUUAUGCAGCCACCAAUCAGCAGCUAGAACCUAGGUUCUUUAUUGCUCCUGAGCUUACCUAGAUAAACCUUUCAGCAAAGGAUGACAAGAGAAGCAAAUUAAAUAAUAAAAGUAAAUUGGAAAGUUGUUUAAAAUUGUAUGCUCUGUCUAAAUCAUGAAUGUCUAAUUAUGACUUUACUGUCCCUUUAAUUUAUCCUUUAUUUAGCAUGACUGGUUAAUUCCAUAAAAUUGGUAAUCGUCGCUCCAAAAUAAUUUACUCUGAUAUCAUAAAAGAUCAAUUAACCUAAGUACGCAGCUCCCUGAGCGCGGUUAGUGGGCUUUGAUAUCACUGCCCUACUGACCAUAUGCAGCUGGGACAAAGCUACACUAGGCAGAAAAAGAAAAUAAUUAAAUUUAGUGUUUUAAAAACAGAUAAACUUGUGUUGGAGCUUCAGAGAAGUUUUGAAUAACUAUGGCUGUUGUGAAUUUAAAGGAACAGUCUAGUCAAAAUUAAACUUUCAUGAUUCAGAUAGAGCAUGCAAUUUUAAAGUGAUGGUAAACUCCACUAUUGCUAAGUUCCAUAAUUCUAUUCAUUAUUACUAAAUAUAUAAAAACGCAAUAUCCAUUUUAAAAGUUUAUAUGCAAUAUUAGAUAAAUUUAGCUUUUUAUUCAAUCCACUUUUGCGCUGCCUCGCUCCGCCCCUCUCAUUUACUGUCCGUAAUAAACUCCAAUCUUACCUUUUCUCCACCCUCUUUACAUCUCCGACAAUUUGCGCGCACCCGACUCUGUAAUUGUAAACGCAUGCGCAUUAGAGAAAAUUACGUAUACCAAGUAAAGAUUGAGUCACGAGAUUCAGUGUUUACUUGUGUUAGUCUAAAGUAGAAGUUUGAGUGUAUAGCAAGUGUGAGCUGAUAUAAUGUUAUUACAUAAAAUAUCUACAUACAAAUAACAAUAAUAAAAAAAAAAAAUUAAAAUACUAUUAGAUCAUUUUCAAUAAUAAACAUGUUUAUUUCGCAACCAAGAUUAUAAUUACAUGCAGCUACAUACACUGUUCCAAAUUAACAAUGAAUCGUUUGACAAUAUUACACGAUUCAAUGUUUAGUUUGGAGUGCCGUGUGUAAAAUAAGAGCCAAAGCGCAUGCGUUGAAUAAACAUGAACGCACAAAUUCAUCAUCGCUUUUUGAUGCUCCUGAUUGGUUGACCGUAUGCUUGAGGUAUGUGGUACUGCGUUGCGUAAAUUUGGUUGCAUAGAAGUAAGACUGUCUGGCGACAGGCUUACUGAUUGGUUAAAUAUUAUAAACAAUCGUUGUGACGUCACAGGGGGAAGGAUAAAGACGCAUUAGACGGAGCUAUUAGACAAAGAUUUGUAAGUGUUUUACAUAGAUAUGUUUACAUGAGUUUGAGUGUGUAAACUGAAUGUAAUGCAACAUUCAAUAUAUACAGAGUUUACCAUCCAUUUAAGCAACGUCCUAAUUUACUCCUAUAAUCAAUUGUUCUUCAUUCUCUUGGUAUCUUUAUUUGAAAAAGCAAGAAUGUAAGCAUAGAAGCCAGCCCAUUUUUGGUUCAGCACCUUGUUAGCGCUUUCUGAUUGGUGUCUAAAUGAAGCCACCAAUCAGCAAGCGCUCCCCAGGUGCUGAACCAAAAAUGGGCCGGCUCCCAAGCUUACAUUCAAAUAAAGAUAGCAAGAGAAAGUUGCUAAAAAUUGCAUGCUCUAUCUGAAUCACGAAAGUUUAACUUUGUCUAGACUAUCCCUUUAAAAAAAUGAAAAAUAUAUACAAAGACCAUUCAAAUAACAUACAAUAUACUAAGAUGUGAAAUAAAUGAACAUACAAUAUACCAAUAUAUAUAUUAAAUCUUUUUUUUAAUCUUUUCAAUAUACACCUGUAUAAAACAUAUUAUAAUAUAUAUAUAUACACAAUACACAGAAACCAAGACAGAUUAUUUGACUUCACUGCCUGACUAUUCUUUGUUACAGGGAGAUUUUGACUUUUUUGUUUUCUAAUUGCACAAGUUUUAGUAAAUUCUCCCAUUUACUGGCUAAAAGAACAGAAGUUAUGCUUGUUGUAAAACUCAUUGCCUGCCUUAAACGUAAUGGAAGUGCCUGUAAUAAAUAUGUAUGAGUUCUUUUGCGACUGAUAAUUAAAAAGCAUGAUUAUAUAUGAAA